CAAGGGGCUUCGGCUCCACGACAACCCGGCGCUGCUGGCGGCAGUGCGCGGGGCGCGCUGUGUGCGCUGCGUUUACAUCCUCGACCCUUGGUUCGCGGCCUCCUCCUCGGUCGGGAUCAAUAGAUGGAGGUUCCUACUUCAGUCGCUGGAAGAUUUGGACACAAGUUUAAGGAAACUGAACUCCCGCCUGUUUGUAGUCCGAGGACAGCCAGCGGACGUGUUCCCAAGGCUGUUCAAGGAAUGGGGGGUGACCCGCUUGACUUUUGAAUAUGACUCUGAACCCUUUGGGAAAGAGCGGGAUGCCGCCAUCAUGAAGAUGGCCAAGGAGGCCGGUGUGGAGGUGGUGACUGAGAACUCUCAUACUCUCUAUGACCUGGACAGGAUCAUCGAGCUAAACGGACAGAAGCCACCACUUACCUACAAGCGCUUUCAGGCCAUCAUCAGCCGCAUGGAGCUGCCCAAGAAACCUGUGGCCUCCGUGACCAGACAUCAGAUGGAGAGCUGCCCGGCCGAGAUCCAGGAGAACCAUGACGAAACCUACGGCGUGCCCUCCCUGGAGGAGCUGGGGUUCCCCACCGAAGGACUUGGCCCAGCUGUUUGGCAAGGAGGAGAGACGGAAGCUCUGGCCCGCCUGGACAAGCACUUGGAACGGAAGGCCUGGGUUGCCAACUAUGAGAGACCCCGAAUGAACGCCAACUCCCUGCUGGCCAGCCCCACAGGCCUCAGCCCCUACCUGCGCUUUGGCUGCCUCUCCUGCCGCCUCUUCUACUACCGCCUGUGGGACCUGUAUAAAAAGGUGAAGCGGAACAGCUCACCCCCCCUCUCCCUGUUUGGGCAACUCCUGUGGCGAGAGUUUUUCUACACGGCAGCCACCAACAACCCCAGGUUUGACCGCAUGGAGGGGAACCCCAUCUGCAUCCAGAUCCCCUGGGACCGCAACCCUGAGGCCCUGGCCAAGUGGGCCGAGGGCAAGACAGGCUUCCCUUGGAUUGACGCCAUCAUGACCCAACUGAGGCAGGAGGGCUGGAUCCACCACCUGGCCCGGCACGCCGUGGCCUGCUUCCUCACCCGCGGGGACCUCUGGGUCAGCUGGGAGAGCGGGGUCCGGGUGUUUGAUGAGCUGCUCCUGGACGCAGACUUCAGCGUGAACGCGGGCAGCUGGAUGUGGCUGUCCUGCAGCGCCUUCUUCCAGCAGUUCUUCCACUGCUACUGCCCUGUGGGCUUCGGCCGCCGCACGGACCCCAGUGGCGACUACAUCAGGCGAUACCUGCCCAAAUUGAAGGGGUUCCCCUCUCGAUAUAUCUAUGAGCCCUGGAAUGCCCCAGAGUCAAUUCAGAAGGCAGCCAAGUGCAUCAUCGGUGUGGACUACCCACGGCCCAUCGUCAACCAUGCCGAGACCAGCCGGCUCAACAUUGAGCGAAUGAAGCAGAUUUACCAGCAGCUGUCUCGCUACCGGGGACUCUGUCUGCUGGCAUCUGUCCCGUCCUGCAUGGAAGACCUCAGCAACCCGGUGGCAGAGCCCAGCUUGAGCCAGACCGGGAGCAUGAGCGGUGCAGGCCCCAAACCACUCCCCAGUGGCCCAGCAUCCCCCAAGCGCAAACUGGAAGCAGCUGAGGAGCCGCCUGGUGAAGAACUCAGCAAACGGGCCAGGGUGGCGGAGUUGCCCGCCGCGGAGCUGACGAGCAGGGAUGUCUGAGACUGCAGCGCUGUGGCUCCGUGAGCAAAGCCCGGGUGCCCAAACAGCCACCACGGCAGCAGAGAGCAACCGGCAGAAAAGCUGAUAGACAGAUCGAGCGAACGUGUGUGUGUGCGCGUGUGCAGAGGAAGGAGUGUGUGCCUAUUUGCGUGUGCAUGCAUCUGUUUACACUCUUGUAAUUCUGAACACUGCCUGGGCUGGAGAGGUACCUGUAGCAGCUUCACCUCAGCCUUCAGACACCAGGUUAGAGGUCAGGGCUGUGAUUUUCAGCCACCACCUGUCCCUGCGAGCCAGCUGCCUUGUCUAAACAGAAAAGUAGGGCCAUAGCUGGGACUCCAGCAUCUGCCCCUCCCCCAGCCCUUCCUCCCUCCCUCCCUCCUCACAUCAGACUGAGGAGCAGGAGGGCAACAUUUCUGGCUCUUAUCCAGAGCAUGGGAUUCUAGAGGCGGCCAGAGCCCUGCUGAGCUCCUCCUAACCCUGGACACAGUCCCCUGGCUUGGUUUCUUUCUUUUUUAAAAAUUCCCUGUCACUGGGUCUUCCAGACCCUCCCUCAGGCAUCUAGGACAGAGCACAAGGCUGCGGGCAGAUCUGUAAACUUUCCAUCGUACAGAAGUACGCCAGUACCUGUGUGCACGGCCGGUACUGUAGACGGAGCCUAGGAAGUGCAUCCACCUUGUGGGGCUCCCAACCUAAGGUUAGAAAUAGUAACCCAGCUCUCACUGCUCCUCCCCUAGAAGCUGAGAGCCAGCCUCAGAGCUGACCAUGGAGACCCAGGGCCUCCACCAGGAGGAGGCCAGCUUCCUGGCUCCUCUGGCCACACUCCAGGAACCACAAUGCUGCCAUUGAGGCCAGCUGACACCCAUCCAGGGGAGCCAUUCUAGUCUGCUCUGCAGGCUUCCACAGCCUGCCCAGGACUGAUCCGCUUCCAAGCUGCCAUGUUAGCCCUGCCGGGAGCUGGGUGCCAAGGACCCAGGCAGAUGGACUCGGGUGGGGACUGCCAGGCACAGUUGGUUAAGGUCUAAGUAGAGAGCCCACCCAGCAGACCAAUCCAACACACCAGAAGCAGCAGGCGGGAGGCUUGACCCAGAGAAACAAAGUCCUUACAUUCCAGGAGUGGCCUGUGCCUCCCACCUCAGCCUCCCACUGUCGAAGGCCCGUCUUGAGAAAAAUAAUGGAAAGAAGGACUGGUCAGCUGCAGCAAGUCUUCUUUCCACCCUGUGGCCUGUACUUGAGCCACAAAGUAUGAGUGUGUGUGCAUGUGUGUGUGUGCGCGCGCACGCGCGCACGUGUGCACUCAUAGCUGAGAGGCUAAUUCCUCUGGAUUUUUGUCUUUACAUGUAACAUUAAGCUGGCCUCUGGGCCUUCUCCUCUACCUCCCUGUGACCUUUCCCAGCCUCCUAGCUGUUAACUCCCUGGGCCCCAGCCCUGUCCCUCACUGUCCUCUGUCCUGGGACCAGACCCUGGGCUCAGGCCCAGCCCCGUUAGCUGUCCAGCU